AUGCGACAAAGGAAGUUCAUAUCUUCUACGGCGCUCUUUGCCGCCUGCUUGAUAACACCUUAUCUAUCCACAGCCUUUUAUUUGCCCGGAGUCGCCCCAACAUCCUAUAAAUAUGAUGAUAAGGUGCCCGUUCAUGUCAACCGUCUAACGCCUAUCACAUCAGGAGUGGAUGGAACCCUAAAGUCAGUUGUAUCAUUUGAUUACUACCAUCCUUCAUUUCACUUCUGCAGACCAAAACCAGAACCUGAAUAUGUAUCAGAAAGUCUAGGCAGCAUUUUAUUUGGGGAUCGAAUAAUGACUUCACCAUUUGAACUCAAAAUGGCGCAUAAUGAAACCUGUAAAACGCUUUGCUCAGGACAAUCAUUUGAUUCAAGCUCAGCACACUUUGUGAAUCGAAGGAUAGCUCAAGGAUUUGCUAUGAACUGGUUAGUGGAUGGAUUACCCGCUGGACAACUCAUUGAAGAUGAAGUCACGAAUACAAAGUUCUACAGCCAAGGUUUUGCCUUGGGUAGUGCCGAUCAGACAGAUAUGCACCUUAAUAACCAUUAUGAUAUUCUAAUAGAUUACCAUGAAACAUCUCCUGGAUUAUACAGAGUGGUUGGUGUCAUAGUUCAGCCAGAUUCAAGGAAAUCACAGAAUAAUAAUGGCGGAGCAGAUCAACCGUUAGGCCAGUGUGGACUCGGCUCUCCAAAGCUGGUUUUAAAUGAAAAUGAUCAAACUGAGGUCAGCUUCACCUACAGCGUUUACUGGCUCCCUUCCUCAACCGCCUGGGCUACUCGAUGGGAUAAGUAUUUACAUGUUUUUGAUCCAAAAAUCCAUUGGUUCUCUCUGAUCAACUCAACAAUUAUUGUAGUGUUCUUGGUCAUAACUGUUCUAUCAGUUCUGCUAAGAGCUUUGAAAAAAGAUAUUGCUAGAUACAACCGUCUAGAUUCCAUAAGCUUGGAUGACCUAUCAGGAACUUCUGUAAUGGACGAUGGAAUCCAGGAAGAUUCCGGCUGGAAGCUAGUUCAUGGCGAUGUUUUCCGCACCCCGACAUCCCCUCUCCUUCUCAGCGUUUUUCUCGGUAAUGGUGCUCAGCUGUUUGUAAUGACUGCGCUCACCAUUGCUUUUGCCUUACUCGGCUUCCUUUCCCCUUCUAACCGUGGCUCUUUGGGAACAAUUAUGGUUCUACUGUACACUGUUCUCGGACUGAUUGGAGGCUAUGUAUCUGCAAGAGUUUACAAGUCUUUAGGAGGAGAUCGUUGGAAACUCAAUAUUGGGCUCACACCUUUACUUGUACCAGGAAUCGUUUUCAGCACAUUUUUUAUGCUAAAUCUCUUUCUCUGGGCAAAGCAAUCUUCCGGAGCUGUACCAUUUACAACCAUGCUAUUUAUUGUCGGAAUAUGGUUUCUCAUCUCUGUACCGCUUUCUUUUGCAGGAAGCUGGCUCGGAUUUCGCCAGCCACUAAUCGCAUCUCCUGUCCGAAUCAACCAAAUUCCGCGGCAGAUUCCGCCCAGCUCAGCGUACCUUAAACUAGUGCCUUCUAUGCUUUUGGUUGGUAUCUUGCCAUUUGGUGCGAUUUUUGUCGAGCUGUACUUCAUCAUGUCAUCCAUUUGGUUCAGUAAGGUCUACUACAUGUUUGGCUUUCUCUUCAUUUGUUACAGUUUAAUGGUUGUUACAUGUGCUGCUGUAACCGUAUUGAUGGUUUAUUUCCUCCUAUGUGGCGAAAAUUACCAUUGGCAUUGGAGAUCAUUUAUAACAGCUGGUGCUUCGGCUGCAUAUGUAUUUGCUAACGCACUAAUUUAUUGGGUAACAAAGUUACAACAAGUAGAACUUGCAGGAAGCGUACUAUACAUCGGAUACAGCGCUCUCAUAUCGUUUUUAUUCUUUAUCUUAACUGGUACAAUCGGCUACUUUGCCAGCUGGGCUUUCGUUCAAAAAAUCUAUGGCUCAAUAAAAAUUGAUUAA